UUUCCUCGUGGUUAAGUUAAAUGAAACGUCAAAACAUAAGAAAACAUCGAAUUUGUUAAUAAAAUACUUAAUUGUUAUUCCAAAAUGCCGAAGCAUAAAAUCAAUAAAAAAGACGCUGUUACUUUCCAAGUGGUUCACAGAAGUCAGCAGGAUCCCCUGAUUGCUGACGAAGAUGCUCCGCAAAGAGUACUUGUCCCCAUAAAACCACAAAACGAAUCGAAGCACCCUAAGCCACAAUCGUCCCACAAACCAGAAUCAUCGUUACACAGUGACGAUGAAGACAUCGAGGAACCCAGAGAGUUCAGUAUUAAAGUCGCCUUACCUCCUGUUGUCUUCGCUUCGGAGGUGGAAGAAGAAGUCGGUAUGUUGGGAAAAGCGGCGCCUGUAUCCGGACCGCAGCUACAUUUGGAUCCCGACGUCGUUGCCGCCAUGGACGAUGACUUCGAUUACUCCGAUCCAGAAAACGAAUUAGAAGACAAUUUCAUCGAGUUGGCAAAAGGCGAUUUCAUCACGGAAGAAGGCGAAGAAGAAGACAUGAACUCCGAUUUCAGCGAUGAAUGCGACAGCUUCGAUGAAGAAGACGAACGAUGGAAAGGAGCUUUCGAUAAAGAAGAAACCAAAUCUAGAUUCACAAACUACUCGAUUACUAGUUCCGUUAUUAGAAGAAACGAAAAUUUGCGUUUGCUUGACGAGAAAUUCGAAAAAAUGUUCAUCGAUUAUGAUGAAAAUGAGAUAGGCGCUUUGGAUUUGGAAGAAAUUGAGGGCGAUGUUUCAUCAAACAUACUACUAGAUUCUGCUUUAAAGGAAUUUACAGACGUGCAAAAAAUCGAAAAUAACGAGCAAAACAAAACCAAUUUAGCAGCUCUUGAUGAUGGUUCAGAUGAAGAUUUGACUGAUUUAGUAGUGGUUGAUUCCAAGAAGAAAUGGGAUUGCGAAAGUAUAUUAUCAUCCUAUUCGAACAUAUUUAAUCAUCCUAAGAAAAUCGUAGAACCUAAAUCUGGAAAAAUCCGCAUAAACAAGAAAACGGGAAUUCCGAACGAUGUCUUCACUAAAAACGGUUUGACCGUUAGAACUUUGGAUAAGUUGAACCAGCAAAAUGAUCUGCUCGAAUCGAAAUCGAUACCAGACCACACCUCUCAGCUAUCGAUGCUCUCUCAGAGAUCCAAACACGAGACCCCGGAGGACAGGAGAGUCCGGAAACAGAAGCUGAAAGAGUACCGAAAGGACAGGAGAAUCGAGAAGAAACUCAACACUCAAGCUUUCAAAGACGAGUAUUCCCGACAAAUCAAAAUCGAUAUUAACAAUAGAAAUAAUGUACAAGGAAAUAAAAUACUUUAAUCGUUUUAA